AGGAAAGGACAUAGUCUACAUAACCGUGAAUGUAGUUUUCCACACAUGACUGAAAAUCAAAAAGGCCCUGAAUACUUAAACAAAAACCAAAGCCCCACCGCUGCCUGCAAAUGAACAAAAAAACCCACGCCCUCAAUCCCCCUGCCUCCUCAAAUCUUGGAAAGGAUUUUUUUUAGUUGCUUUAAGUUUCAGAAAGGUACGAUCCUGUUGCUUUUAAAGAGUCCAUGUGUUUACAUCAGUCAUUGUAGGCUAGGUUUUGCUGUAGUAAAAACUAGCUCCCAGAUACCGGUGACUAAGAAAAACAACAACCUUUUUUUUUUUCCCCCUUUGCCUGCUGCCAGUCACAAGGGCCUCCUUAUCAGUAACAUGUAGCCCAGGCUGGUGGAGGGGCUGGAAUUCUGAAUUGCUGGCCACCAUGGUGGCACAUCUGUGUCUCCACAACCACAAGGGACAGAGAACUGCACUACCACUUGUCCCGGUUCUCAGACUCAGGUAGACUUGCCAGGUGAGACAGCAUGACCAAGGACCAUGAAUCCCGUGCCAUUGCCACAGUCCUGGGCCUCUUGUAAAAGGCAGAGCCUUUACCCUUGGAGAGAGAGAGAGAGUGUGUGUCCCUUGGCGCUUGACUCAUGCACUCUCCAGCUCUGUGCCCCUCCCUCUGCAGAUGCUGCUCCCAGACAGGACCUGUCUGUCAGGCUGGGGCUCCUCAGCACAUGGGGCAGCUGUCUGUGGGAAGGCAGAGCCCAGCACAGCUGUCUCAGUCUCUGGAGUUGCCAUUUGGAGCUGAAGUGACUACUCAAGAGGUACAGGAGCCCAGCUGCUGAUCUGAAGGGAGAGAUGACCAAGGAAAGUCACUGAUGCCCCUCUCUCAAGCUACCAGGGAAGAGGGCAGAUGUCUCCGAGAAUCUUGUUGUCCAGCUAUGAUGCUGUGCUGUUUAACACUUAAUUUUAUUAUGGAAGUUUCGCCAACUUCAAAGUCUCCUUGAUACGAGAGGAAAAUUUUUAUACCUUCUCAAAAAGCCCUGGAGUACCAUCAGUUAGUGGAGAAGCAAGAAAAUCAGCCGUGUGGAAGACAAUGGUCCCCGCCCUUUGGUUGUACAGCUUGGUGCUUCUUCUGCCUAUAGAAUCCUGCAGGAUAUUAUGCCAGGCUACCAGCAAAAGCAAGGAGAUGGUGAUGUCCAGACCACAUGAUGUAUGCGAUGGUGUCUGUAAUGACAAUGCUGCCCCCUGCUUUCAAUCUUGCCCUCCAAAAAGUGAGGGCAACAUGAAAUUUGCCUGUAAGGCCAAGAAAUGGCACAAGGUCACAGAAACCUGCCACACACUUAAUGCCUUCAGCAUCUUCGAGGAGGAUGUGGAAUUAUAUUCAGUUCAACCUUCGGAACCAACUAUGGUUCUUCAUGAGUAUCAUAGACAUCCUCAGACCAUAGCAGAUAUGUUGAUGGAGAAGUGUCCAAAGGACUUGUCUUGCAUCAUCAGAAGCAUUCAGAAGUCUCCCCGCAUGCCAGGGAACAUUGCUGUUGUAGUACAGCUCUUACGCAACAUCUCAACAGCUCUAACCAGAGAGGUCAAUGAAGAAAAGAUGCAGAGUUACAGUGCCAUGGCUAACCAUAUCCUUAACAGCAAAAGCAUAUCAAAUUGGACCUUCAUCCAAGACAGAAACAGCAGCUGUGUCUUGCUUCAAUCAAUCAAUUCAUUUGCAAGCAAGCUGUUUGUGAAGGAACACCUCAUCAACAUAUCACAUGUCUUCAUUCAUACCAUGGGUACCGUCAUGUCCAGGGACAGCCUUGGGAAGAAUUUCACUUUCUCAAUGCGAAUUAAUGACACCAGUGAUGAAGUCACUGGGAGGGUACUGCUCACGACCGAGGAGUUUCAGAAGGUUCCUUCUCCUUCCCGGGUCAUCAGCAUUGCGUUUCCAACUCUUGGGGCCAUCCUGGAAGCCAGUCUUUUGGAAAAUGUGACCGUAAAUGGGCUCGUCCUGUCUGUCAUCUUGCCUAAGGAGCUUAAAAAAGUCUCACUGAUGUUUGAAAAGAUCAGCAAGGCUGAAGGAAGGAAGUCCCAGUGUGUGGGCUGGCACUCCCUGGAGAGAAGGUGGGACAAGAGAGCUUGUAGGCUGAUUCAAGAAAACUCCCAUCAAGCUGUUUGCAGAUGCUGGCCCGACAAGUCAUUUACCUCUUUUUCCAUUCUCAUGUCGCCUCACGCCUUGGAGAGCCCGGUUCUAGUCUACAUCACAUAUGUAGGCCUGGGCAUUUCCAUCUGCAGCUUGGUUAUCUGCCUGUUCAUUGAGGCCUUAGUCUGGAGUCAAGUGACAAAGACAGAGAUUUCAUAUUUGCGUCACCUGUGCAUUGCUAACAUCGCGGCCACCCUGCUGAUGGCUGACGUGUGGUUCAUUGUGGCCUCUUUUCUCGGUGGCCCGGUAUCCCAUCACAGUGGCUGUGUGGCUGCAACAUUUUUCGUUCAUUUCUUUUAUCUGGCUGUGUUCUUCUGGAUGCUUGCCAAGGCUCUCCUUAUCCUCUACGGAAUUCUGAUCGUGUUCCAUACACUGCCCAAGUCAUUCCUGGUGGCCUCUCUGUUUUCCGUGGGCUAUGGGUGCCCUUUGGUGAUUGCUGUUAUAACACUUGCUGUUACAGAGCCCGGGAAAGGUUACCUGCGGCCUGAGGCCUGCUGGCUUAACUGGGACACAACCAAGGCUCUCCUGGCCUUUGUGGUCCCAGCUCUGGCCAUUGUAGCAGUAAACCUGAUUACAGUUACAUUGGUUAUCAUCAAAACCCAGAGAGCUGCCAUCGGUAGUUCCAUGUUCCAGGAAGUAAGAGCCAUCGUGAGGAUCUGUAAGAACAUUGCCAUCCUCACACCACUGCUGGGGCUGACAUGGGGAUUUGGAAUAGCCAUGGUCGUCGAUGCUCGCUCCCUGGCCUUCCACAUUAUCUUCUCCUCACUCAAUGCAUUGCAGGGCUUCUUCAUCCUGGUGUUUGGAACAGUCCUGGAUCCAAAGAUAAGAGAAGCCUUAAAGAGUCGAGUAACGUCUGCCAAAUGGAUCUCUAGAGUAUCAGAGGACCUUUCUUCUGAAUUCUCUUGCCAUCCUACCAAAGGGCCAAGCUAAGAAACCAGGAUACAUCCCUAACAUGGGAGGUUGCUCAUUCCUGGAAUGGCAGUGCCUGAGGAAGCAUACAGUUAAUUCCUGUCUUCUUGCCACUGGGUACUUUGAAGGAAGCCUCCCACACUGCAGAACUGAUGGAGGAGGGGGUGACGUGUGGAAAACAUGAAGGCCCCUCUGUCGAAGCUGUUCUGUGCUUCUGAACAUGUCUUCCCCACCAACUGCAAAUCUAUAUAUGACACACUAAGCAUCCACAAGGGACAAGAAGACAAAGUGGGUCACAGCGACAGGGUGUCACUGGCGCCUCCAUCUCUGUACUGCUGGGUCAUACUUAUCACCAGGGAGAGAGCUCGGAUUACCUCAGCAAAGGUGGCCUAAGAUGCAACAUGUUGGAUUCUACAGGAGGGUCCUAAAGAGUAGUCUCCAAUGGUUGGACAGACUCUUAAGUACCUCACAGCUGCCUCUCUGUAUCGAAGGGAGCCUUCUGCCAGUAUGUUCUACUUUCUCAAAGUCAAAUUGAUUAGGUGGUCAAGCCUGGCUCUGCCUUGGAUGUGACUUCUUUGACAGCGAACCGAGUGAAAACCGUAGAGCUUUUGAAUGGAACAGGAUGCCCGUUUUAAGCUGGUGGAACCCUGGAACUGUGAGCCAUGGCUCUGCUAGUCUGGGCCAACUCUAUUGGCUUCCAGUGCUCCAUGCUCUCUCUCUCUGAGAGGCUCUCUGCUUCCACUUUCAGACAUGAGAGGCUGCUGAAACCCAGGUGGGGGAGAAGAAAUAUUAUACUCCAAGCCCUGUGCUGCUCAUUUUCCUAGCUGUAUGUAAACACACCCAACAUUUAAAGCAGCUGUCACCUGACAGAGAGCAAUGCUGUGGGUAGAAGGCCUCUCUGAAGCAAACCCACAGGCAGCUGCCCCUGAAGAAAAGCAGAAGUUAAAGACAAAGGGACAUGGACAGAUGCCAAGCUGUCCUAUCUUAGGCCAGUAUUAUUGAUGUUCUGUUACAGAUGGGAGGCUGGGCAUGGCCCAAAGCUGAAGAGUAAGACCUUGUCUAAUAAAACAAGUACCCCCCACAAAUAAAAACCAAACAACAAACCAAAUCACAGAAGCAGCAUCAAAAACUCCAACUAACAUCAAAACCAAACACAAAUGGGAAAGUCAGGCUCUCUCUGUGGGUGAGUAGCUAGCCCUCUUUCUCCUCUGUGUGUGUGAGAAUGUGUGUGCUAUUUAUGUGUGGGCGGUGUCUGCACAUGUGUGUGGAUGUGCUCUAGAUGAUCAGGAGAGGAUGUCUGGUGCUCUGCUCAACCACUCUCUGCCUUAUUUCUUUGAGAUACAGUCUCUCACUGAACUUAAGCUACGCUCAAGCCAGCAAGCCCCGGUGACCCUCCCUUAUCUGCCACCCACAGACUAUAGGUGGGUAUGGCUCUCCCUAUAUCUCAGGGGAAUUUGAAGUCAAGUCCUCAUGUUUGUAUAAUAAGGACUCCUACCAGUUAGACAUCCCCCAGCCUCAUCAUACACAGUUAACAGAAAUAAAAAGAAAUAUCUUCAUUUAAGUAGGGAAGCCUGAGAGGCCACAGUUACAAGGAAGAUCAAUUAGAAGCAGGAAAGCAUGGACCAACUAGGGGAAAGUCUUCUUUCCAGUGGGGUGCUUACAUUGGGACAUAGCAUCCUUUUCAUGUAUCAGAGUUGGUCUAGUUAGCUAUACUCCAACAGAUCCCCGGAUAUCUUUAAACAAAGAAGACAGGGUAUACAUGGUGCUGUUCCUCAGUACAGAUACUGUAGUAUCAUGAAUGAUCACUUGCUUACGGUCAGUGAAAUGAAGUCAAGAUGGAGUCUCUCGUGGCUAAUGGGUGGAGGAGUACUAACGUGCACAGAGCUUGGAAAAGACUAAGUAUUAUUCCACACAGAGAUGAGAGCUCCGGGCACAGGGAGAGACGAAGGAAGUCAUCUUUUUGCAUUACGUGUUGAGCAGGUGUGUCUGUCUUGAAAGCACUCAAGUUGGGGUGCAGUCUCUCUGUGACAGGACGGUGAUAUCACUAACCAAGAAAGAGGGUGGAUGCUGAGAGGACCACUCUGGCAUUCCUUGGCAUGAGGAUUUCUGGAAGGACUCUAGCCUUUUCUCCAGCAGCCCCCAAAUAUACACUUCAGCAUCUUGAAAGAUGUCAACGGACUGCACAGACUAAGUUGACUUGUGUGACCCUCAAUGCAGUGUGCUGCUCACAUCUCACAACGAUGUCAUAUGGUCAGCUGGCCCAAGGAGACAUGGUUCUGAAGAAGCUUUGUCACUUGAAGGGACAUGUUACAAGGCUCUCCUUGGAAAGUCACUUAAAUUCUUUAGAAUUCGUUUUCCUUAUUUGUAAGUGCCUGAUAGGUGAGUCUCCCUCCUAGGAUUACUGUAAUGAUUCAAAAUAGUGAAGUAUUUAUAAUAGUACUGGAAAGUAAUAAUUGCUCAUUAAAAUGCUAAUUUCUUUCAUUAGCGUGCCUGUGAAUACAUGUACAUAUAGAUAUAUGCCCAUGCACAAGUAAACACACAGCCAUGGCCUCUGGCAUGAGUUUGAAUGAAGAUAUCCUCAUGGGAACAAGUUAAGUGACUUCUAAAUAAAACAAUGAAGCAUUUGAUUUUGUCUGUGUAACAGGAGGAUUAUGAUCCAGUAAAACUCACUGAAGCUCAUGAAAUGAGCCUGUUAGCUAAUGCUCCCUGAUCGUAAUGCAUAGUUCCAUGGGGAUACCAUGGGGCUACCAUAGGGACUGCCAGGGGGCUGCUAUGGGGCUACCAUGGGGUUCCACUCAUCCUAUGGUGUUUCCAAGACUGGCUUUCCUUCUGCCUUCUCUAGGGGGUCUUCCCUGACUGCCCCCACUUUCCUAUAACACUUGUAAUCUGUGCUGUUCACUUCCAUUAAUACUUACUGUGCUGUAUGGUUUGCUUGGCUUGAUAUUUUUCUCUGUUUUCUUUCCCAGAUAAGGUUGUGACUCUUUAGGAACAGGCUGACUUUAUAUUUGAUAACCACUUUGUAACACUUUUCUUGAUGCUGAUAGGGCAACCAAGUGUCUUACACAUAGAGCAUGCUCAGUAAAUAUGUACGUUCAAUAAAGUCCUUUGAUUACGCAAUCA